CAAGAGUGAGGUUAUGUGCCGCUCCUAGUUGUGCACUUCCUUGGUGUAGUUAUGUUGCCUCAGUGGCUGCGAGAAAACUUAUUGCUCGCUGCUACUGGUGGGCUGUGCAUGAGGUGUUUAGUACCAAUGCCACUAUGAAAUCAAAUGGUAUAAUGUUGAUAGUGCUGCUGGUGUUAGUAAAGGUGGUGUUAUCCCAUGGAGAGUGUCACAGUGCCGCGGCUGUCGUCUUCGAAGAUCGCCAUAGAUCUGGCGAAGAUCGGCAGCGAUCAAAUGACCGCACCCUCACUUGUACAUUGCCUGUUUUGGCUCCGGAAGAUCGAGUGGCCAAUUUGAGUUAUGAGGCUCCCGACAGCAUAACAGAUCUAAAAAUUUCGUGUAAUGGGGAACUGAGGCGUACGAGCGUCAUUUCAGACUCGACUUUUGAUGGCUUGAGUCGCCUGUCAAGUCUAUCCAUCGACUACUGUAAAGUGACUGAGCUCAGUGAGAACUCCUUCUUGCCUGUAGGCAACCUCAAGAACCUGACUUUGAGAACCCGAAAUAUCGAAUUCACGUCGAUGAGUCUUGCUGCUGUUCCAGGAAUAUUUUCACAUCUCAGUCACUUAGAAGCGAUAGAUUUGAGCACCAACAGCGUUUGGGAGCUGCCGCCUGGCGUCUUCUGCGGCCUCGCGGCGCUGCGUAGCGUUACGCUCUCGUUCAACCAUCUGCAAGAUCUAACCCAGCUGGGGUUCGGAGGGGAUUUGGAGAACACUUCAUGUUCUUCAGAGUUAAUUUACCUGGAUUUAUCUCACAACGACGUAGAGGUAGUGGCUUCAGGAGCCCUAAAAGGGCUUCCACAUUUACAAGAACUCUACCUCAAUAAUAACCAGUUGGGGAAAGUUGACGAUCUCGCUUUCGAAGGGCUCUCAGCGCUGCACACUCUCGACCUGUCGGGCAACAAGCUUGUAGCGCUGCCAGAAGAUGCCUUCUUGCCCACUCCCCAGCUUAUGUAUUUUAGGGCUGGCAAUAACUCUUUAUCCGUCCUGGGCCCAGGCCUAUUUAGAGGCCUACAGCAUCUGGUAGAACUGGAUCUCUCCCACAACGACAUCAAAGCCGAGUGGCUUACAGAGUCCAGCUUCCAGGGCCUCAUUCGCCUCAUGGUGCUUAACUUAUCUCAUAAUAAAAUAAAUAGGCUUGAAGUUCAGGUUCUUAGAGACAUGUACAGUGUGCAGGUUUUAAUUCUAAAUCACAAUCAACUAACUGAAAUCCCUCCUUCCGCUUUCUCAUCUUGUGUAAACUUACAUAAACUCGAUUUAUCGCACAACAAAUUGAAAGUAAUAGAAGAGAAAGCGUUCGAAGGUGUUAACGUUCUUAGUUUCCUUGCACUGGACAACAACGAGAUAUUAUCUUUGCAUCCAAGAGCUUUCACUAAUUUGACCGGCCUGCGAGACCUGAACCUCAACAGCAACCGGUUGAGUGUGGUCCCUGAGGCGAUCAUAAGUCUACGGUAUCUCAACACCCUGGAUCUCGGCCAGAAUCUCAUUACCAGUCUAGAGAACAUGCCGGCUAAAGGUCUCGAGUUUCUCUAUGGACUGCGCGUCGCCGAAAAUAAAAUCUCUGGGAAUAUUACCAAGACGACUUUCCACAAUCUCCCCUCACUCAAAGUUCUGAACCUCGCCAAAAAUGGCAUCACUCACAUCGAGGCUGGAGCCUUCGAAACUAAUUCAAAAUUGCACGCCGUGAGGCUUGAUGGAAAUUUACUAACUUCCAUGAAUGGACUUUUCGAAAAUAUCCCAAAUUUAAAGUGGCUUAACGUUUCAGCAAACAACCUGGAGGUCUUCGAUUACCAUCUCAUUCCAUCUAGUUUAUUAUGGUUAAAUUUGCAUAACAAUAAAAUCCACGAACUUAGUAAUUCCUUAGGCCGACAUGAUUUGAGCUUAGAAAUUCUCGACGUGAGUUUCAACAAACUGAAGCACAUCAGCAGCGUGAACAUCCCAGACAGCGUGCACAUGGUCUUCAUGAACGACAACAAAAUCACGACAGUUGAGCCCUUUACAUUCUUCAAGAAAGUCAAUUUAAGUCGGGUUGAUUUAUUCGCCAAUAAAUUAACGAGCCUCGAGAUGACGGCGCUGCGUCUGUCCCCAGUGGCGCCAGAAAAGCCGCUGCCGCAGUUUUUCUUGGGCGGCAAUUCUUUUCUUUGCGACUGCGAGAUGGAGUGGCUGCAACGGGUCAAUAACCUGGAACAUUUGAGGAUAUACCCGACCCUCAUGGAAAUGGAAAACAUCUAUUGUCAGAUGCCCUUCGCGCGCUCUGGAGAAUUCCUAUCCCUAAACCAUGUGAAGCCAUCGCAGUUCCUUUGUCAGUACGAGACACACUGCUUCGCUUUGUGUCACUGCUGCGAGUUCGACGCGUGUGACUGCGAGAUGACUUGUCCUGAGGGCUGUGGCUGCUUCCACGAGCAAUCCUGGGGCUCCAACAUUGUCGACUGUUCCAGAAACGAUCUACAAAUAGUACCUGAAAAAAUCCCAAUGGAUGCUUCAGAAGUUUAUUUAGACGGCAAUGACUUUCGAAAUUUAUCAUCUCACUCUUUCCUGGGACGGAAACAUCUACAGAUGUUGUACGUUAACGCUUCCAACGUCAAGACGCUGGACAACGGCACGUUCAGUGGCCUCACGCGCCUCAUAUCUUUGCAUCUUGAGGAUAAUUUCAUCGAGGCUCUCAGGGGCCAUGAAUUCAAAGGACUCGAUUUGCUGCGGGAACUCUAUUUGCACAACAACCGUUUGAAGUACGUGCAUCAACAUACAUUCGCCAUGCUCUCUCAUCUCGAAAUUUUGUCUCUUCACAACAACCAGCUCAUAAAUUUCCCCGUCUGGCGGCUGGUCGACAACCCUUAUUUGACGAGCGUCUCUUUGCGAGAGAAUUUUUGGACGUGUGAGUGUCAGUUUGUUGAUUCGUUUGAUAUUUGGCUCUCAAAAAACGUGCGCAAAGUCGCCGACAGCGACGAAAUAAAAUGUUUUCCCACUGACCGAGAGUUGGUUGGAGCCUUCAUCCUGGAUUACAACGCCACCACUUGUACAAAUUCCUCCACUACGUCGACUGUCGUACAGCCCAUGACGUUCCAUAGCUUGCUGCACCCGGUGAUUGCGAUUUGUGUUGCGUGUGUUUUAGUUGUGGUCUUGCUGAUUCUGUUCCUUUACCGGAACACAUUGAAAGUGUGGCUUCAUUCCCAGUGUGGUUGGCGGGUUUGCCAUAGUUCCUCUUCUGAUGACCGUGACAAAGUUUACGACGCCUUCGUGUCGUAUAGUUCCAAAGACGAGGCUUGGGUGAACCAAGUUCUCGCUGCCGAUUUGGAGCACGGUGAUCGACCGUAUAGAAUUUGUUUACAUUAUCGAGACUUUCCAGUGAACGCCUAUAUUGGUGAGACCAUGGCGGAAGCCGUCGAAUCUUCGAGAAGAACCAUAAUAGUUCUAUCGAAAAAUUUUAUCGAGAACGAGUGGUGUCGAUUCCAGUUCAAGAGCGCGCACCACGAAGUUAUGAAGAGGAAAAGGAAGCGUCUCAUCGUAAUCGUAUUGGGCGACAUUCCAUCAAAAGAUCUCGAUGCAGAUCUUCGUUUAUAUUUAAAAACUAAUACGUGCAUAUAUACAGGCGAUAAGUUAUUUUGGGAGAAGCUUAGGUUUGCGAUGCCGGACGCGUGCACGGCGCAGAGGAUAGUGCACACCUACAGCACCAUCCCUGAGCGGACCAAUGGGAGCAAACUAAACGCUAGCAGCCCCUCCACCCUCCAACCUAGUCUCCAAGCUGCUGCAGAUGGCACGUACUGGGCAUAAUUAUAUGCAUAAUGCUAUUAUUAUUAUAAUUAUUAUUGCUAUUAUAUUGCUAUUGAUAUUUUCUGUUUUUGUAUAUUAUUGUUUUAAGUAGUUAACUAAAUGGAGUGUAGCUUCGAUGAUCUAAUGUGCAUUUAUCUUUAUGAAGAAAUUGUAAGGAAUAUUUAUGGUUGUCUCGAUGUGCGCGAGCAGAACGGAUGUAUAAGGCGAUAGUUAUUCUACUUGGCGCGUGUGUGUAGGGGCGUUAUUUGUGUGUUAUUACGCUUUUUGGUGUCAUUUAAUCGGAAGGCUGAUCUGUUUAACAAAUAACUUGCUGUGCGAAUUUAAUCGUGCUUUCUCAAUUUGAACGCGGUAAUUUUAAGGAAAAAUGUCUGCUGAAUCAAAAAAUAUUUUCGAAA